AUGUUUUCAAAUGCAUUAAAUCUAGUCAAUUCUCCCACAUACAUAAAAUUUUAUAUACCCUUAUUUUACACUAAUCGUUAUCUGUCUGGUGCGAAUAAGUAUCACUUAUUCUGCAGCAGACGGGGGGUUGUGCAGGGGAGAUUCGUAAAAAAAACUAAUACAAACUCUCACAAUCUACCCUUUAAGGUACAAAGGACAUCCUCUGGUAAUUUGGCGGUUUAUCCAAAAAUUAGAUUGCACGGUACAGUUGUAUCAACGGUAGUUAGACACGUUUUCGGGGACAUAAAGACGUUCAAAGAGCAACUAAGAAUCAUCUGUGAGUCGCCUGUGAGAGAUCGCAUUGGUUGCCUAGAGGUCCAAGGUCUGCAUGUUACUAAAAUAAAAAAAUGGCUUGUUCAUUGCGGAUUUUAG